UGUAGUCGAUGGUACGAGUCACCCUUUCAGGAAAUUUGUACCACGCCCCAGCUGUUUCCAGAUAACCCAUGGGAGGGACAAGUGAAGCAAGGGCUGCUGGGUGACUGCUGGUUCCUGUGUGCCUGUGCCGCCCUGCAGAAGAGUCGGCACCUCCUGGACCAGGUCUUCCCUCCAGGACAGCCAAGUUGGUCCGACCAGACGUACCGUGGCCUCUUCAUCUGUCGGAUCUGGCAGUUCGGACGCUGGGAGGAAGUGACCAUAGAUGACCGUCUGCCUUGUCUUGCAGGGAGACUCUGCUUCUCCCGGUGCCAGAGAGAGGAUGUGUUCUGGCUUCCCUUACUGGAAAAGGUCUAUGCCAAGUACGUGUGCUGCAUAGAGGUGACAGGGCCACGCUGGGCAGCUUCUUCGCCUAGGGCUGCUCCCACCCAGCCCCAGCUCCAGCUUCAUCUGCUCCGUCCUCGAGGUCAGGCAGCCAGCCCUGAGGUCCCAGACACUCUCCCUGCCCCUUCCCUCCCUCAUUCCACAGUCCAGCCUCGAAGCAUCACCUCUGCCAGAGGGGACAUGCAUGUCCUCCCUUUGCUUUUUCCGACCACCAGAAAGACAGUUCUGUGUCUGUGUCUUUAAAUCUUCGGGACAAGUGGCCUGUGCCCAGUUGGGAGGAAUGAGCCACCUGGACAUGCAGCGCUUGCUUGUCCCAAGCCUGCGUGAGGCCACUUUCCUCCUAGGCUGCCUUUCACUCUUGCUGGAGGCUCUGCACCAAUAGGCAGGCACGCGAGCGUGGGGCAUGAGGGUGAGGGGCUGCACACUCUUGCCCUGCACUGGGCCCAUACUGGAGACAGGCAGGCGUCUGAACAUGGGCAGAGGACAGCAGGACCACAGCGGAUGGUCAGGCACAGGGGCCUUGAGGGCCUGGGAGCUGAGCGGGUAUAGGGGAGGCUCACUGUGGCUGUGUUUGUGGCACCCUAGGGUCCACGGGUCCUACGAACACCUGUGGGCAGGGCAGGUGGCCGAUGCCCUGGUGGACCUAACUGGUGGCCUGGCAGAGAGGUGGAACCUGAAGGGCCCAGCUGGAAGCAGCAGGCAGCAGGAUAGGCCCACGGGUGGGCAGGAGCACAGGACCUGUUGGCAGAUGCUGCGCCUGAAGGACCGGUGUCUGAUCAGCUGCUCGGUGCUCAGCCCCAGAGCAGGUGCCAGGGUGAUGGGGGAGUUCCACGCCUUCAUCGUCUCUGACCUGCAGGAGCUGCAGAGCCGGGCUGGCCAGGGCAUCCUCCUGCUUCGGAUUCUGAACCCCUGGGGGCGGCAGUGCUGGCAGGGACUCUGGAGAGAGGGGGGUGAAGGCUGGAGCCAGCUGGAGUCCACCGACGAGGCCAGGCUCCUGUCCCAGCUGCAGGACGGGGAGUUCUGGGUGGAGGAGGGGGAGUUCCUCAGGGAGUUUGACGAGGUCACCAUCAGCUACCCAGUCACGGAGGCCGGCCACCUGCAGAGCCUCUACACAGAGAGGACACUGUGCCACGCACGGGCACUGCCUGGUGCCUGGGUCAAGGGGCAGUCGGCGGGAGGCUGCCGGAACAACAGCUGCUUUCCCUCCAACCCCAAGUUCUGGCUGCACCUGUCGGAACCCAGCGAGGUGUGUGUGGCCGUCCUGCAGAGGCCACAGAGGCGCACAGAGGCCCGGGCCCGGCCGCUACUGGGCCACGGUGCUGCCCCGGCCAGCCUCUCUGGCAAGGACUACCAGGCUGUGGGCCUGCACAUCUGGAAGGUGGAGAAGCGGCGGGUCAGCCUGCCAAGGGUCCUGUCCGCGCCCCCGGUGGCAGGCACUGUGUGCCACGCCUACGACCGAGAAGUACACCUGCGCUGUGAGCUCUCCCCGGGCCGCUACCUGGCUGUCCCCAGCACCUUCCUGAAGGGUGUGUCUGCACAGUUCCUGCUGCGGGUCUUCUCCACUGGGAAGAUGUCCCUCAGCCGUGCUGAGAGACCAGCGGCCCAGGGCACUGACCCCAGGGCAGCCCUGCCUGCUGACCAGGUGGAGACCAUGCAGCUGCGGGGCUGCUGGAAAGCUGGCUGGACUGCGGGGGGCAGCAGGAACUUCGCCUCCUACCCCUGCAACCCCUGCCUCCCCUUCUCCGUGCCUGAGGGUGCUGGUCCCCGCUGCGUCCGAAUCACCCUGCAGCAGCACUGCCGGCUCGGUGACAGCCAGCUUCACCCCAUCGGCUUCCACGUCUUCCAGGUCCGGGAGGGCGCUGAGAGCCAGGAUGUGCAGUCCCUUCUGCUCCAGGAGCCGCUGCUGAGCUGUGUGCCGCAUCGCUAUGCCCAGGAGGUGAGCCGCCUCUGCCUGCUUGCCACCGGCACCUACAGGGUUGUGCCCUCCACCUACCUGCCGGAUGCAGAGGGCGCCUUCACAGUGAUCAUCGCCACCAGCGUGGACAGGCGCUCCAUCCACAGCCAGGAGGUGCUGGGCCGCUUCCUCCAGGAGGUGCGUGUGCCACCCUGCCCGCGUCUCCGCCUCUCCCACUCUCCUGCAGCCUUGGUGCAUGUGGCCUGUGCCUGCGUGUCUCCAUCAUGACAGUGAUGAAAGCCUAGAGGCAGCCUGUGUGCCACCCCGGGUGCUUGGGGCAUCUGUCCUAGGUGCCCGGCCCUGCAGAGCGGCAGGGUCCCAGGCCGGUGAGGACCCUAUCUGGAGAGGUCCGGCCUGGGGUCAGGCAGUUGCUGUAGGAGGGGCGGCCACUCCAGGCAGCAUCUUUGUUCCCUGCCGGAGACCCUGGACAGAGACUCCAGGCCUGGUGCUCAUGGGCUUCCCGAGUCUGCCCAAGGUGUCCUUCGUUGCCUGCAGAGAGAGGCCACAGCCAGACAGGAGCAGGUUGUGGCAGAUGCUGCUGUAAACUAUUUAUUACUUGAAAUCUUUCCAGGAUGUGACCUUAUAAAUAGAUAACAGGA